CAACAAUUUUAUUUAUAAAAGUAACAAAUUACAAAACAAUAUUCGAUAUUUAAAAUGUAAUAUGAAUACAUGUUUAAGCCGGGCAUGCUUUAAUGAACAAACUGCUCAAGUGACCACCACACCCCACAACCACGAUCCUGAUGAAGUGGCUGUAGAACUUCUGCACUUGAAAAAUGAACUCAAGGCCCAGGCAGUUACUGACCACAGGGCGCCGAGAGUCAUAUUUGACGAUGUUUGUGUAAGGUUUCCCAGAGCAGCUUUAAGGAUCGGGUAUCCCGGGGUACGCUCAACAAUAUACAAAUAUCGUCAACGGGGAAACCCGCCAAUACCUCGAUCCUUACAAGAAUUUUCCACCAUACUCCUUGGAGACCAGUGGAGACAUCUUUCUAUGACCAUCGAGGGUGGCGACGAACCACUGUUCCGAGGUGUCGUUGGCGGAGAGGCUGAAGGGUGGACAGCAGCCAUAUAUGUUUCACCGCGACUACGGACUGCGCUGGUCAACACGCAACGGCUCCACAUUGAUGGAACAUUCAAAGUAUUACCCGAACAGCUGCAUGCUUAUCAGCUGGUGACAAUCCAUGGCGAGUUCUUGAAUCAUCUGUUUCCGGUAGCUUUUGUGCUAAUGACGAGGAAAACACAGGACUCCUACCAAGGUGUUUUCGUAUUUUUAAAACAAUUGAUUCCUGAUUGGAAUCCGCAGGUCAUUUUGACUGACUUUGAGUUGGCUAUGAGCAAUGCUGCUCAGUUAGUAUGGCCUAAUGCUCGAGUAGUCGGAUGCUUCUUUCAUUUUGCACAGGCAAUCUAUCGCAUGCACAGGCAGCUUCGCCUCCAACACAUAGUUGACACCAACGUACAGGCUGCUAAGACUCUUCAGAUGCUGAUGUCAUUAGCUUUGCUGCCUGCUGAAAGAAUUGCACUUGGCCUCAGGGUCAUAACCCACUACGCAGUGCUGCACGGUCUGGCAGCCAGAUUCAGAAUACUGCUUCGCUAUAUGGAAAAUUUCUGGAUGCGGAUGGUCGGUGCAAAUCGAUUUAGCGUGUUUGGCGAGCCGCACCGGACCAACAACGCUCUGGAGGCGUUCCACAGCAGCUUAUUAAGGACAAUGGGGCCACAUCCUGGAGUGUGGAAGUACCACGAUAACCUCAGGAAAAUUGAAAAUGCCCAGUGGCAGGACUACAAUCGAAUGGCGAAUGGCGUACAGCAUGUUCGCCAAAGAAGGCGUGCCUACGUGCGCCAAGACGCUGCAAUACACCAGGCGUCAACCAUGUUGAUCCAGGGGAGAUACAAUGAGGCGCAGUUCCUAAACCGCGUGUCGCACUUUACCUUGUCGUUAGCCGACACAAUGAGAGCUGAGCGAGUGCGGCUAGCGGCAAUCCCUGGCAAUGAUGGGCGCCGUGUAGCAGCAGCAGAACCAGUGAUGCCACCACCACUUCUGCAAGCUGAGCAAAAUCGUCGUCCUGCCCCUGAGAUACAGCCACGAGCUGACCUCCCCGCUGGAGAUAGGGAACUUCCUCCUCCUGCAGCAGUAGUGGUCCCACCGCCUCCUCCUCCUGCAGCA